UCUCGAAAAGAGCCUGCUUCCUACUUGAACAUCAUGGUCGUCGGUCCGUCGGGAUCGGGCAAAACUGUGUUCGUGAGGACGCUCUGCGAACGAAUGAAGCAGAACAUUGUACCAAACACCUACAAGGAGUCGAAACCCAUGGUGUUGAAGGAGCCAUUGCGAAACACCGAAGAGCUCUACAGCGUAUCGAUGCAUAUUGAGGAAAACGGCCAACGAACCGCCCUCACCAUCAUCGACACCCCCGGCUUUUCCAACAGCUUCACAUUUGAUCAUCAACUUCGAUACAUCGCCAAGUACAUCGACCACCAAUUCGAAUGCACAUUGGUUGAGGAAACCAAAGUGAAGCGUGAUGCAAAGGCCGUGGAUACUCAUAUCCAUGCGUGUCUUUACUUUAUCGAUACAAAUGGACCUGGACUCAAUGAUACAGACCGCUACGUGAUCAAGCUUCUCAGUUCUCGAGUGAACAUCCUUCCCGUCAUUGGCAAAGCAGACGUCUUAUCGAUCAAUCAACGUGCUCAAUUCAAGAAGCAAUUUCGAAAGGACAUUUUCGAUGUUCUGCAAAUACCCAUCUACGGAUAUAUCAGCACGGAUGAGGACGAAGAAGUCGAUUCCAAGGAUAAUUCCAUUACAGUCGAUGACGAUGACGCUAAAUCAGACAACAUGCAGCUCGUCGACUCCUUGGGAUCGACCACGAUUGCCCGUAUUGUCGAACUGUUGCAGGAAACGAUCGAUGACGGUGAAGAUGAAGACGGCGACGCUCGUGCCAUGAUCGACUACCUUGAAUACAUGCCAUACUGCUUGAUUGGAUAUGAAGAAGACGUGGAAACUGGCCCGGUCAAGACGAUUCUUGGACGACGAUAUCCGUGGGCCAUUGUGGAAUGCUGCAACCCUGAGCAUUGUGAUUUCGAGAAGCUUCGAACGAUGCUCCUCACGGAACAUCGGGAUAUGCUCCGCAUUGACACCUUUGAACGAUUCUACGAACAAUAUCGUACGGAACAGCUC